CGAGGUGACCAGAGCAAAGCGGGAGCCGCUGAGGCUGCCUCGGGUCCCCAGCGCCCCCGCCCGCGCCUCCGCGCCCCCGCCCGCCUGCCUGCCGGCUGCGGGCGACUGGCGGUGAGCGCUGUGGCCAGCCGGGGAGGGCCGGGGGGCAGCGGGCGCCAUGGCCGCGCCGGAGUCGCUGCGGCCCCGCUUAUGCCGCCUGGUGCGCGGCGAGCACGGCUACGGCUUCCACCUGCACGGCGAGAAGGGCCGCCGCGGGCAGUUUAUCCGGCGCGUGGAGCCGGGCUCCCCCGCGGAGGCGGCCGCGCUGCGCGCUGGGGACCGCCUGGUCGAGGUCAACGGCGUCAACGUGGAGGGCGAGACGCACCACCAGGUGGUACAGAGGAUCAAGGCUGUGGAAGGGCAGACACGGCUGCUGGUGGUGGACAAGGAGACGGAUGAAGAGCUCCGCCGGAGGCAGCUGACCUGCACUGAGGAGAUGGCCCAGCAAGGCCUUCCACCUGCCUGUGACCCCUGGGAGCUGAAGUCCGACUGGACACGAGCAGGCAGCCUCAGCUCUGAUGCUGGCCAAAAGGAUAUCAAUGGGGCCCCCAGAGAGCUGCGCCCUCGGCUCUGCCACCUGCGAAAGGGACCCCAGGGCUAUGGGUUUAACCUGCACAGUGACAAGUCCCGGCCUGGUCAAUACAUUCGCUCUGUGGACCCAGGCUCACCUGCUGCCCACUCUGGCCUCCAUGCCCAGGACCGGCUCAUUGAGGUGAACGGGCAAAAUGUGGAAGGGCUGCGCCAUGCUGAGGUUGUUGCCCGCAUCAAGGCACGGGAGGAUGAGGCCCGGCUACUGGUGGUGGACCCUGAGACGGAUGAACACUUCAAGCGUCUGCGGGUCACACCCACUGAGGAGCAUGUGGAAGGUCCACUGCCAUCACCAGUCACCAACGGGACCAGCCCUGCCCAGGACGGCAGUGCCUGGAAGCGGGACCCCUUCCAAGAGAGUGGCCUCCACCUGAGCCCUACAGCAGCUGAAGCCAAGGAGAAGGCUCGAGCCACACGUGUCAACAAGCGGGCACCACAAAUGGACUGGAACCGGAAACGUGAGAUCUUCAGCAACUUCUGAGCCCCCUCCUGCCUAUUUGGCCCCUGGGCCUCAGGCCCCAUCCAGAGCUCCCCAGGCCUCAGUGGACUGGAGGGUGGUCUCACCACCUCCAGAAACCAACCUGUGCCCCAGUGAGUCCCUUCCUGCCCACUCCCCACCAGGUGCUGGGUCCUGCUGCAGCAAUAUGGGGGAAAGACAGACAGUGAGAGAGAGAGGGCAGAGUGUUCGUGGCUGAGGGCCUUUGCUGUCCUGCCGCGGGGCCUGCUGACUGGAAGGAAUUCAUGUUUUUGCUUUUUUUCCAAAAAGAUUUCCAGCUCCACACAUGUUUCCACUUAAUUCCAGAGUCCCCUUCCCCCGCCCCCCUUGGGACUCACUCUCUAAAUAAUUGCAAUAAAACAAACCUUUCUCUGCAAAACAUUUCCUCCCCACCCCCUCAGCAGCACCAUCCUGCGUGGGAGCCCAGGGACUUCUAGGGGACAGAGAGUCAGGGGCUUCCAGGCUGUGCUUAUGCUGGUUUUGGGGAAAGACUGGGGAGCAGGAUGUGCCUAUAGGCGCUGCCUGUUCUGCCUCAACCCUACCCUCCCUUGAGUGGGGUAAGUCAAUAGGCCAGGCCCCCCACCCAGCCAUCCCUGCAUUGUCCCAUCCCACCAGGAGUGUGGAGUGCAGGGCCUGGGCUAAGGGGCCCGAGGAUAGAGGCCCCAUGCCCCCAGGAGGGUGGCAGGGUGGCCUCUGGACAGGUCCCUCUUCCUGUACCACAACUCCCAGGCCUGGGGAAUUAUGGGCACGCAAGAGCUGCUCCUAGGAAGGACCCUGGGCUUCUGGGCUGGGCCCCAACCUGGUGCCCACUCCCAGGGACAUCCUGUCCACUCUGCCCUUUCCUUGGUGCCCUGGACCCCUGAACCAACUGACCAGCCCCGCUCUUUGCCUUGUAAGCCAUAGCGCACGUGCGCCCUCAGAAUAAACAGGACUUGCCUCGA